UUGCAGGACGAUUAUCUAGAUUCUAGGUAUGGACAUCAUGUAUCCUGAGGAUAACCAACCUGUAGAUGAAAGGGGAGACCCAGAACCACGUCCAGAGCCUCAGGAUGUUGAACUUUCAUCCCAGCAAGAGGCCCCUGUUGAGCAAUCACAGACUCCUGAGGAGGAUGAAUCUUUUUCACCCCAGGCUCAACAUCCAGAGUCCUCUGAUGAGGUAGAAUCACUUCAGCAGGAGUCAUCAUCUCCCAAGGUUGUUAAGCUAUUUUCAAAUUCUGCAACCACACAGCAUGCCCCAGCUGCACCUCCAGAGUCUUCUGAGGAAUUGGAACUAUCUUCAGUUGAAGAGGGUGCCCCAGAUGAGCCUUCAGAUUCCCCUGAAGAGGAUGAACUUUUAUCAGACCAGCAGGAUGCUCUAGCUCAACCUACUGAGGACCCUGAGGAAGUAGAAUCUUCUCCAACCACUCAGGAAGCCACUAUUCAGCCUCCGGGGCCAUCUACAGAGGUUGAAGCUCAACCAUUAUCACCUGAUGAAGAAAAUGUUCCAUCUCCAAGUCAGAAUGAAGCUCAACCCUUACACUUACCCGGUGUCACUGUUAAACCUGUGGCUGUUACCAUAACUCCAGAAGUCACUGAUGAGGUUGUACCAACUGAGCAGGAAGCACAGGCUCAGCUUCCAGAAAGCCCUGAGGGAGUUGAAACUUCCCCAGACCAGGAGGAAGCCCCAGAGCAGCAGGAAACUCCAUCUAAGCCUGUAGAGGCUCCCGAGGAGGUGGAGCCUCCUCCAAACCCUCAGGAGGACCUGGCUCAGCCUCUGGAAUCAUCUACAGAGGUAGGAGAUCAACCAUUAGCACCCAAUGAGGAAGAUGUUUCAUCUCCAAGUGAAAAUGAAGCUCAGCCCCCAAACUUGCCCAAUGUCACCAUUAAGCCUAUGGUUGUGACUGUUACUGUAGCUCCAGAGGUCACUAAUGAGGAUGCACCAGCCCAGCAGGAGGCACAGGCUCAGCCUCCAGAAAGUCCUGAGGAGGUUGAACCUUCCCCAAUCCAGCAGGAAGCUCCAGCUCAGCCUACAGAGGCUCCUGGGGAAGUGGGACCUGCUCCAAAUCCUCAGGAGACCCCUGCCCAGUCUCCAGAAUCAUCUACAGAGGUUGGAGCUCAGCCAUCAGCACAUCAAGAGGAAAAUGGUCCAUCUCCAACUCAGAAUGAAGCUCAACCCUCACAUUUGCCCAAUGACACUGUUAAGCCUGUGGUUGUGACUGUUUAUAUAACUCCAGGGGUCACUAGUGAGGUUGCACCAACCCAGCAGGAGGCACAGGCUCAGCCUCCAGCAAGCCCUGAGGAGGUCGAACCUCCCCCAGUCCAGCAGGAAGUUCCAGCUCAGCCUGUAGAGGUUCCUGAGGAAGUGGAACCUGCUCCAAACCCUCAGGAAGCCCUGGCUCAGCCUCUGGAAGCAUCUACUGAGGUUGGAGUUCAACCAUCACCUGAUGAGGGAAAUGUUCCAUCUCCAAGUGAAAAUGAAGCUCAGCCCUCAAACUGGCCCAAUGUCACCAGUAAGCCCCUGGUUGUGACUGUUACUGUAGCUCCAGAGGUCACUAGUGAGGUUGCACCAGCCCAGCAGGAGGCACAGGCUCAGCCUCCAGAAAGCCCUGAGGAGGUCAAACUUUCCCCAAUCCAGCAGGAAGCUCCAGCUCAGCUUGUGGAGGCUCCUAAGGAAGUGGAACCUGCUCAGAACUCUCAGGAGGCCCUGGCUCAGCCUCCAGAAGCAUCUACAGAGGUUGGAGUGCAGCCAUCAGCACCUGAUGAGGGAAAUGUUCCAUCUCCAACUCAGAAUGAAGCUCAGUCCUCAAACUUGCCCAAUGUCACUGUUAAGCCUGUGGUUGUGACUGUUUACAUAACUCCAGGGGUCACUAGUGAGGUUGCACCAACCCAGCAGGAGGCACAGGCUCAGCCUCCAGAAAGCCCUGGGGUGGUCGAACCUCCCCCAGUCCAGCAGGAAGCUUCAGCUCAGCCUGUAGAGGCUUCUGAGGAGGUGGGACCUGCUCCAAACCCUCAGGAGGCCCCAGCUCAGCCUCUGGGAGCAUCUACAGAGGUUGGAGUUCAACCAUCAGCAUCUGAUGAGGCAAAAGUUUCAUCUCCAAGUGAAAAAGAAGCUCAAUCCUCAAACUUGCCCAAUGUCACCAUUAAGCCCAUGGUUGUAACUGUUGCCAUAACUCCAGAGGUCACUAGUGAGGUUGCACCAACCCAGCAGGAAACACAGGCCCAGCCUCCAAGAAGCCCUGGGGUGGUCGAACCUCCCCCAGUUCAGCAGGAAGCUCUAGCUCAGCCCGUAGAGGCUCCUGAGGAAGCGGAACCUGCUCCAAACCCUCAGGAGGCCCCGGCUCAGCCUCCGGAAGCAUCUACAGAGGUUGGAGUUCAACCAUCAGCACCUGAUGAGGGAAAUGUUCCAUCUCCAAGUGAAAAAGAAGCUCAUCCCUCAAACUUGCCCAAUGUCACCGUUAAGCCCAUGGUUGUGACUGUUACCAUAACUCCAGAAGUCACUAGGGAGGUUGAAACUUUUCCAGCCCAUGAAGAGGCCCCAGCUCAACCUGCACAACCCUCUGAAAAGGUGGAACCUCCAGUCCAGCAAGAGGUUCCAACUGAGUUUCCACAGUAUACCAACGAAUUAACUCAAAUGCCAGCAAGAAAUAAGGAGGUAACUCAAAAUAUAACUCGGCAUCAAACUCAUUCAAACUUGCCCACUAUUACACUUACCGUAUUGUCAGAACCUAGUAAAAAUGCAGCCCAGCAGGAGGCCCCACCUCAGCCUCCUGAGCACCUUGAGGAGACAGAACCUUCUCUGUCCCAGCAGAAUGCCUCAGCUAAGCCACCAGAAUCUCCUGGGGAGGUUAAGCCUUUAAGUGAGCAGGAGCACCAAGAUCAAACUUAUGAGCCUUCUGGGGAAGUUGAAUCUUCUCCAAUCCAGCAGGAUCAUGAGGUAGCUUCACCAGGUUACCAUCAUGGUCAGCAUUCAAACUUAACCAAUGCCACUGUCAAACCUCCAAAAGUUCGGGUUACUAUAACAGUGGAACCCACUACAGAGGUAGGACCUUCUCCAAUUCAGCAUGAGGCUCAGCCUUCAGUGCCACUUAAUUAUAUGGAAACUUCAUCCCAACAAGAGGCCCCAGCCCAGCUUCCACAGACCCCUGAGAAGGUUGAACCUUCUCCAACUCAACAGGAGACCCCAGUUCAGACAUCAGAACUCGCUAAUGAAAUUGUAGUUCAUGCCCCAAAGCAUGUGAAGGCAGUUUCUACAAGUCAGGAUCAAGCUCAGCUUCCAACAUUGCCCAGUGUCACUGUCAAGCCUGUGUCUUUGGUACUUACCAUAACUCCAGACCUCCCUUAUGAGGUUGAAACUCCACCCCAACAAGAGGCCCCAGAUAAGCUUGAAAUGUCCUCUGAACAGUUGGAACCUUUGUCAGUCCAACAAGAAGUGCCACGUCAGCGUCCAGGCCUCUCUGCAACAGUUGAACCUUAUUCAAGCCAACAGGAUGACUCAGCUCUGCCUCAAGUAGGUGUAGAACUUUCUCCAGUUCAGCAGGAGGGCCCAACUCAACAUCCAGAGCCCAGUGAGGGGGCCAGAUCUCCAGACCUCCAAGGCCCACCUGUAGAGUCCCUUAUGAAUAUUGUAGCUCAACCUAGAAGUGAAGCUCAGCAUCCAGCGUUUCCUAAAUUCAUAGUCAAACCCAUGGUUCUGAUGGUUCCUGCAACUUCAGAGCCCAUUAAGGAAGCUAACAAUUCACCACCACAUCAGGAUCAUCCUGCUAAACCUCCAUCUCCCCCUGAACAAUCUCAACCCCUUUCCCAAUCUCCAGAGUCCUCUGAAAACAUUGAGUCUUCCCCAGGCCAACAAGAGGCCAUAGCUCAGACUCUAGAUUCCCCUCAAAACACAGGAGAAUUUUCUGUCCAACAGGAGCCCCCAGAUGAGCCAUCAGAGCCCCCUACACAGAUUGAACUAUCUACAGCUGAGCAGGAAGGGUCAGUUCAUCCUCCAAAGCCCACUGCAGAGGUCAAACUUUCAACCGAGCAGGAGGCCCCAUCUCAUCCUCCAGUCCCCCAGGCGAACCCAGCUGUAUCUUCUGAACCUCCUGAUAAGUCUCUAUCCCAGCAAGAAACCCCAUAUCAGCUUCCAGAACCUCCCAAGAAAGUAGAAUCUUCUCUAACUCAACUGCAGGGCCUAUCUCAGCUCCCUGAGAAUGUCGAACCAUCUCUAGUCCAGAAGGAAGCUCCAGCUCAAUCUCAGCCACAUAAUGAGGCAGAAGACUCUCCAGCUCCCCAAGGGCCCUCAGUUCAGCUUCCAGAGACCCCUAAAAAUGUAGAAUUCUCUCCAGAUCUGCAAGAUUCUUCUACUCUGUCUUCAGAGCCCAAUACAGAGAUGGAAGCUCUGGAGUUUCCAACUCCUCCGGAGCCUGCUAAUGAGGUAGAAACUCCUCUAGCUCAGCAGGCCCCAGUUCAACCAGUCCAUGAUGAAGUUGCAAUUCCACUUUCAGGACUGGAUCAAACUCAGCAUUCAAACUUGCCCCAUGUCACUGUUAAACCUUUUAACCUAGAGCUUAGCAUAACCCUAGGACCUACUAUGAAGGCAGAACAUUCUACAAUCCUCCAGCAGAAUAUACCUCCCAUAUACCCUAAAGUGACACUUCCAUAUGCAGAGCAGGUCCAGGCUCAGAAUCUAACCUUGAGUGAAGUCACAGUACAUCCUUCAGACUUGGAACUUAGCAUAACCUCAGAACCCAAUAAGGAGGUUGAAAUUUCUCCAGCCAUGGAGGAGACUACAACUCAAUUUCCAGAUUCACAAUCUCCAGUCCAUAGUGAAGCAGUUCCAUCUCCAGAACAGGAUCAAGCUCAGAAUUCAAUGUUGCACAAUGUCACACUUUCUCCUUUGAACAAGCCAUUUACCAUAACUCUAGAACAUCCUACGAAGACUGAAUAUUCUACAACCCCACAGAAGACGACAACUUCUCCAGAGAACCCUGAGGUGACACUUCCACAUCUAGACCAUAUUCAGGCUCAGCAUCCAAUCUUGAGUGAAGUCACUGUUCAACCUGUAGACCUGGAAUUUACCAUAACUCCAGAACCCAGUAAGGAAAUUGAACUUUCUCCACCUGUGCAGGAAAUCCCCAGUCAGCCUCCAGAGCCACUUAAGGAUGUUAUUGUAUCUCAGUCUCCAGUAUACCAGGAGGCAACAGUUCCAACACCAAAUCAGGAUCAAGUUCAGCAUCCAUUGUCACCCAAUGUCACAGUUCAACCUUUGGAUCUGGGGCUCCCCAUAACUCCAGAACAUACUACAGAGGCUGAACACUCUAUAGUCCUGCAACAGACUACAGCUCCUCCAAAGCAACCUGACGUGACACUCCGACAACCAGAGCAGGUCCAGAGUCAGCAUACAACAGUUCAACCUACGAAUUUGGAAAUUACCACAACUACAGGAUCCAAUGCAGAGGUUGAACCUUCUCCAAUUAUGCAGGAAACAGCUUACCCUCCAGAGCCUUCUAAAGAAGUAGUUGAGCAGCCAUUCCUUCAGGAGGUGACAUUUCGCCCUCCAGAGCCUUUUAAAGAAGUAGUUGAGCAGCCAUUCCUUCAGGAGGUGACAUUUCACCCUCCAGAGCCUUCUAAAGAAGUAGUUGAGCAGCCAUUCCUUCAGGAGAUGACAGUUCCAACUUCAGGUCAAGAUCAAGGUCAGCAUUCUACUUCAUACCAUAUCACAGAUCAUCCUUUGGACCUGGGACUCCCCAUAACUCCAGAACAUACUACAGAGGCUGAACCCUCUAUAGUCCUGCAACAGACUACAGCUCCUCCAAAGCAACCUGAUGUGACACUUCCACAACCAGAGCAGGUUCAGAGUCAGCAUACAACAGUUCAACCAACGAAUCUGGAAAUUACCACAACUGCAGGAUCCAAUGUAGAGGUUGAAUCUUCUCCAAUCAUGCAAGAGACUUCAGCUCACUCUCCAAAGCCACCUAAAGAAGUUGUGGUUGAGCAGCCAUUCACUCAGGAAGUGACUGUUUCAACUUCAAGUAAAGAUCAAGGUCAGCAUUCUACUUCACACCAUGCCACAGAUAAUCAUUUGAACCUGGGGCUCACUGUAACUCCAGAGCAUACUAUCAAAGCUGAACAUUCUACUGUCCUAAAGAAUAUUAUAACUCCUCAGAGUCAACAAUCAAACCAAGGCACAUUUCUACCUGUGGACAUGGUAACUCAGCAACAAGAAUCAGCUGAGACAGUUCUUUCCCUUGCAACAGCUCUGGAUUUAUAUGAUCAAGGAAAGGGACACAUGAAUUUUACUAAUCAACCAGGACGGAAUGCCACCACACACAUCAACAUAUGUGAACUCUGUACCUGCAAAGAUGAGACACUUUCAUGUGCUGGUCUCAGCCCAAAGCAGAGACUCCGCAGAGUGCCUGUGCCAGAGCUACACACCUACAACGGCACCUUCACCACCUUAAAUUUCCAAGGAAACUCUAUUUCUUACAUUGAUGAAAAUAUAUGGAACUCAUACCGUUGGGCUGAGAAACUAAUUAUCAGUGAAAAUCAUUUGACUGAAUUACACAAGGAUUCAUUUGAAGGCCUGCUAUCCCUCCAGUAUUUAGAUUUAUCCUGCAAUAAAAUACAGUCUAUUGAAAGGCGUACAUUUGAACCACUACCUUUCUUGCAGUUUGUAAAUCUUGGUUGCAACUUACUCACAGAACUGAGCUUUGGAACGUUUCAGGCCUGGCAUGGAAUGCAGUUUUUACAUAAGCUAAUCCUCAGUCGUAAUCCUCUGACAACUGUUGAAGAUUCAUUUCUUUUUAAAUUGCCAGCAUUAAAAUAUUUAGAUAUGGGAACAACACACGUAUCACUUGGGACAAUUGAGAGCAUCCUCAUGAUGACCCUCGACUUGGAAAAACUAAUUUUACCUAGUCAUCUGGCCUGCUGUCUCUGUCGAUUCAAAAAUACUAUUGAGGUUGUCUGCAAGACAGUCAAGCUGCAUUGUGAUAAUGAAUGUCUGACAAACACCACACAUUGUGAUGAAGAAGCAUCCAUAGGGAAUACCGAAGGAUCAUUCAUGAGAGUAUUACAAGCUCGAAAGAAGAGCACCAGCACUGAGCUGACUAUUGAGCCAGAAAAGCCAUCCUCAGACAUAAACGGCAUCAAUUUUUCAGCCUUCAUGAAUGAGCAGCUAGACUUUAAUGAUGAAAGUGAUGUUAUUAGUGCACUAAAUUAUAUACUGCCUUAUUUCUCGGAGGGAAAUCUAGAAGAUGUAGAAUCAACAUUAUUACCAUUCAUUAAACUUCUUUUUUCAAAUGUACAGUAUGGAGAUAAGCCUCUGGGUCAUUUGAAAAACAGCACAGGGAACCCGUCUAUUAAAACUGAGUCUAACAAUUCAACUUACAAAAAUAAAUUGCGGAAACUCUAUUUUCUGGAAAAUUUGUUAGAUGCAGAAAUUCAAGAAAAAAUCGAUGAGGUGAAAAAGAAAGAAAAAACUGCCAUGCUUGUACGUUCCAAUCUUUUAGGUCCCAAAUUUAAACGCCAAAUCUUUCCAAAGAAAUUAGAAACUGCCCGACCACAGAAAAAGACUCAGGGUGUAAAGAAAAGGCUGCUGAGAGUCAACAAGGUCCUUAAGGGCCCAAGGGGCAUACAGAAAAGAUACUUCAAAGAAGUGAGAGAUAAGAGCAUCAAGAGGAAACAAAAUGCCCUGUCAUCUGCAGAGAAUGUUGCCAAAGGAAGACAACUCCAAAGACCAGCCCCAAGGAAACUGGAAAAGCUGCACAUGGUGCGGAGGCCCAGGAAAUUAGUGGGAAAUGCCUUCAACACUAAGCCUUCGUUCAUAAAGGAACAUAAGGCAGCUGUCUCUUCUUUCCUGAAAAACUCCAUGAGGAGAUCUUCAGGCUCCACUACUCUCAAACCCUUACCUGAAGCUAAAAAUAAGUCAAAAGACUUAAGCUACACUAUUUUUGUUUUAGAAAAUGCAAAGGCUAGAGUUAGAAAUAUGAAGACUUCUGAACCAUCACGUUCCAGAAAAAUAUACCUCUCUCAUAAACUUCGCUCUCAUGUAGCCCACAGAACACCCAAGGCUAAAGUGAGUCCAAAAUUCAAAAAGGAAACUUCAAACAAUAGACUGAUGCUUGCAAACAAGCCUCCAUUCUCUGCAGUGAGGCGCCUCAUAAAUUCCCCCUCCCGGGAAGAUUUUUCAUCCUCAGGAGAAAUGAAUUCUCAGGAAAAUCUUUUCCCAGAUUUAUAUGCUCUUCCAGAAUUUUCCAUAGAAAACAGUACUGUAGAAAAAAGUACAGAAAAUGUUUUUGAAGAAAAUAUUCCUACAGAAAACACUACUAUGCCAAAAGAAACUAGCCCUGAAAUCAAUGCUGAUAAGAAUUUUUCCUCUUCACUUUCUGCUGUUACUGCAAACAACUUUAUGCCAACUGUUAAACAAACUAAUGAAACACAAUGGGAAUACCACGACAUGGGCACUGACUUACCUGGCAGGCCCACAAGCUCCACGUUUUUGCCGUUUUCCUCACCAGGUGAUCAAUUUGAAAUUCAACUAAACCAGCAGUUACGGUCCCUCAUUCCCAACAAUGACGUGAGAAGGCUCAUUUCUCAUGUUAUCCGGACUUUGAAAAUGGACUGUUCUGAGACCCAAGUGCAACUGGCCUGUGCCAAGCUCAUCUCCAGAACAGGUCUCCUGAUGAAGCUUCUCAGUGAGCAGCAAGAAGUAAAGGUGUCCAAGGCCGAAUGGGAUACAGACCAAUGGAAAACUGAGAACUACAUCAACGAGAGCACAGAAGUCCAGAGCGAACAGAAAGAGCAGAAGUCAAGUGAGCUCACAAAAGAAGUCCCAGGAUAUGGCUAUAACAACAAACUCAUCUUGGCAAUAUCUGUGACUACAGUGGUAAUGAUUUUGAUCAUAAUCUUCUGUCUCAUCGAGGUUUAUUCUCAUAGAACAGCAUCAGAGAGAGAAGAUAAAGAAGGAAGAUCAAGGGGCUUCUUUGGAUUUCUGCUGCAAAGGAGAUGUUUAUCGGAAAAUGAGAAUCAGGAGGGCUUUUUCUGGAAAAGGCGGCCACUUUGGCUUAGGGACAUGUAUAGACCCCUUAAUGCCACACGCAAGAAAAACAUGGCACAGAAGCUACAUGACAAGGACUCUUCUGAUGAGGAUGAGAUCUUCAAAAAGGAUACAAGGGAGAUCCGUGACACUCCAACAGAGAAGACCGAAGAAUCUACUGAAGAGGCAGGUGAGGAAAGUGAGGCAGCUCAGGAGACCACCACAGAGUGAAUCCCAUCCUGCCUUGGGCCACCUGCAAAUUUUAUUUUCAGAUACUGGCUUCACAGCAUUGCUUAUAAAAUACUUAUUUUAUCAUAUUAAAAUAUAUAAAUUCAAAACCAAUUCGAGCCAUGUGGCAAGGAAUUAAA